AUGAGCCACAAACCCUCCUUUCCCAACCACCAAGUCCAUCUCCAACUGAGCGACGUUCGCCUGUCCGACCACCAUGGUCUUCAGCGCCUACCCAACCUCGGCCAAUUUACCUUCACUAUCAUCAAGGUUUUUGAGCCCGUCACACAAGCUGUGGUGGUACUUGCGCGCUGCGAUGCUGUCUCCGCCUCCCCGGUCGUAAUCAAGAUCUACGACCCGCGUUAUCUCACCAAUCGCUUCAAAAACCAUUAUACCAACUCUCACCCUCGUCCGUGGACAUUGGAUGCCGAAGCCGCUGUCGGUCUAAAUCCCGUGCCCUUAAGCGAGCUCGAACGCGGCGUUCCACUGGAGUUGAGGGAGCCGGAACCCACCUCUGCCGACGGCCAACGCCAUCGCGCGGCGCGCUGGGAGCUGCACUUUCAGACGCAAUCUAGGCAGUCGUUCGAGGCUGAAUAUAAGGCGUACACGCGCUUGGCAGACCUACAAGGCUCCGUUGUCCCGCGUGUCCUGGGCGUCGGUCGCCAGGUCUUCCCAUCUGAACCGCGCUUUUAUCAGCCGCGCGCUCUAGUAUUCGAGUUCAUCGAAGGCAUUACCAUCGAAUCCGCUCCCUCCACAGUCGUCACUCCUCAGCUUAUAGCCCAGCUAUAUCAGGAUAUACGACUCUUCGCCCCGCGCGGUGUCGUGCAUGGCGAUCUGAGAUGGAGCAACGUCAUUCUGUCCCCCGCACAGUCACCCAAACGCGCGGUCGUCAUCGAUUUUGGGCAGGCCAGGGUGAGGGAGGAUGAGACGGACAAGGACUGGGAGGAAGUGGUGAGCGAAUGUGAUGAGCCGGGUGCGGUGGCGUCGAUGCUCAUGGAGAAGGACAUUACAUGGCAUCCGAGUUUCAUGAUUCCACCCUACGGCACUAGUGUUCCCAUCCCGGGCUUAUCCCACUCUCGAUCUACUGCAUGA